UAAGUGAACGUUCAUAUGUUUCUCUGUCAAGUAUCAAUAUCACAUUAUUUCGAGAGUCAUGGAGGGUAAAAUCGGCGUUACAAGUGCAGAUAAGAUCAUUGAGGAGAUAGGCGGAUGCGGACGUUUCCAAUGGCGUUUGUCCGCCCUGAUCCAUGCCAUGAAGACCGUCGUAGCGUUCUGUAUGGUUGCCUCAGUCAUCAUGUCCAAGAAGCCUACGGCCUGGUGGUGCCGCACACCAUACGUAGUCAACGCGACGGGUAUAAUUGUUGACGCGACGGCGUCUUGCGCAUCGCGGCCAAACGCGACCAACUGUUUCCUAAAGACGUGUCGCCCUGGUAACGCCAGCAAUUGCGAGACUUACGAGUACGACAACAGCCCGUCCACUCUAGUGACCGAAUUCGACCUUCUCUGUGACUGGAGCUGGGUACCCAGCACUAUCAUGUCCAUCCAGCUUGGCGGCGUUCUGCUGGGGAAUUUCUUCGGCGGUCUAUUAGCCGACAUGUUUGGAAGGAAACCCGUGCUGUUCGCGUCAAUCUUCGUUCUGACCGUAUCAAACCUCGUUGGUUACUUGGCGGGGAGUUGGGUACUGAUGGCAGCCUCUCGGUUGUUCGUUGGUCUUGGCUGCGGUCUCUUCCUGAAUACGCAGUAUUCUUAUCUCUGUGAGUUCACGCUAGCUCAGGACCGCCCUUUGGCCAUUGGGUUUCCGUCUUGGGCCAUCCAACACUGCCUUUUCGCGCUGCUAGCCUGGCUUCUGAAAGACUGGCGUAACAUUCAGCUCAUGGUAUUGCUUGCCUGUCUCCCGACGUUCUUUGCUUGGUGGUGGAUACCAGAAAGCUUCCGGUGGUACAUCGCUCACGACAAACAGCAUCAAGCCAUGGCUGUCGUGAAGCAGGUGUCAAAAUUCAACAAGAAGACACCACGUGACCUGGGUCUUCUCCUGAUAGAAAGCAAGCAACUCAAACCACCGAAGAAGAGCGCAUUCUUAGAUCUGUUUCGGUCAAAGCAACUGCUUAGAUUGACUGUUUUGCUUGCAAGUAACUGGGUCGCCUUGGGUCUGAUAACGUAUGGCAUCAACUACGGUAUUCAAGGCCUGUCUGGGAACGUCUACCUGAACAUAUUCCUCUUUAACCUCGCCACGAUCCCUACAAAAUCUGUCACAAUUUGGCUUAGCAACAGGCUCGGUCGCCGGCUGUCCACCAUAGUCAUCUUUGUGCUGAUCGUCAUUGCAGGCCUCGUAUGUGGCAUAAUACAGAGCAUAGAUACGCCAUAUAAAGGCGGGUUGACCAACGGUUUGUCAAUGGCCGUCUACUUUUGUAUCGGGGCCGCAUGGGGACCAAUUCAAACAAUGACCAUUGAACUGUAUCCUACUCUCAUCAGGACCAGUGGGUUUGGCUGUCUGAGCGUGUUGGCCAGGGUUGGAGCGAUGAUUGGACCGCAGCUUGUCUUCUUGGAUAAGUUUGCCCCGGGACUACUUUACUACUGUUGCGCAGGAAUAUCGGUCGUGUGUGUGAUAUGUCAGCUAUUUUUACCCGAGACUAAGAACGCUGCGUUAAACGACAACAUGGACUAUCUAAAAGAGAAGGGUGCCGAUACAGCGAAGAACGAGCCUAUUUGAAGUAGGUGACAUCAGCAUUUGCGAAAGUCACACCAAGUUCGUUGGUUGUGUUAUAGCAAUUUUGUUUGAUAGAAUUAUGUAUCUUAUAAAAAUUUAACUAUUGUCUUUUGCUUAUGACUUCUACCCUUCAAUAAAUUCUUUUGUAUAUAUACGCGAUUUCUGAUCCCUCUGGAUAACUUUAACUAAUCUUAAAAAUAGCCCACACGUUUCAAUAUACAAUGUAAUUAACAUUUCAUGAAUGGAGCAUCAUUUGACCAUUUAUUUAAAGAGUUUGGGAUAAGCUUUUUGCGUCCUAAAGAAGCAUAAUGAUAAUUAUAUAAUUAAUAUAAUUUUAGAUGAAAAUGAUAAUAUCUGCAGAUAUUUUAGUAAAAGUGUUACUACGCUCAAUAAAUUUUAUCUGUAAAAAGCUCAGAAUUGUCUUAUGACUUUAGUAUUUCUUUUGUAAAUUAGGCCGACGAGUAAGGUUUAAAUCUUAACAAUAAUUUUAGCUAUUUGAGAAUUGCUGUUGUGUACACGUAAAAACGUUUCCAUACUUUUAUCUAAACAAAUGAAAAAUCAAUAAUAGCUACGAUUUACUCAAUUAUGUAUAAUGUUCACGUGAGUUACGACAGAAAAUGGGUUCGUGUGAAUACUAACAUGAUACAUGUACUUGUUAAGAAAUGUGUAAUUUGUUUUGAAAUUAUUUUACCACAAACGCUACUCCGCUUGUUUUAUGUUGUUUAAAUAUUCAUGACUUUAUUGUUUGGGCAGUCCGACUGUUUCCAAACAUUAUUGAUUUGGAAC